CGCUGGCAACUUCGCAGUCGCGCGGGAGCACGGGACCCUCCUGCCUCUCAGUUCCCUCUACCACCGUACACCGUGCCACUGUACGAGUCGUAAUCCUUAAAUAAAUAAUCGUCGCAUCUGUACUAACCUGUACUGCGGGCGCCAGUCGAUAAGACAUACUCGUAUCUGCAGCACAAACACUGAUACAGUGAUGAAUAUGUGAAUUUGUCGUGUGUGAAAUGGCAAGAUCGCUAGACGAUAUCCCCAAGAAGUAUUCUGACGGAGACAGUAUGGAUGACGAGAAUGAGGAUCCAGCGGGAUGCUUCCGCAGGCUACGGAUCAAUCCGAAUCUUAUUAUGUUAAAAGUGACUCUAUUUGUGAUGUAUGGGGCGACCGCUUCCCUGUUACCUUACCUGACGAUCCAUAUGCAGAGUAUAGGGCUGACUGUUCCCGAAAUAUCCUUCGUGUAUUUAGCUUUACCCUUUACUACAUUUUUAAGUCCGCCUAUAACAGGAUUUCUGGUUGAUCGUUUCGGAGAGUACAAGCCCGUUGUUAUCACGGCACUCAUCUUGAACGCAGCGUUUCACCACUCCCUGCUCCUGAUACCGCAUCAAGAAACUCCUGGAGUUAUGCCAUCAGCUUAUGUUAUGCGCCACCCGAUUAAACGGAGUGUUGAGAUUUGGUGGAGUCCUUGCCCUAGUAGAGAAUGUCCUGAUGAAGAUGAACAGGUUGAUUUCGUACUCGACCGAUGCAUUGACCAUUGCAUGUUGUCCAGACCGACCGAGCGCCCGGAAGUUGAUCCAGCUGAUGACAAAGAUGACCUAGACUUCCAUAUAGAGCACAAGUUACAUCCACUAAUUCUGAGCAACGCCAGUUUCCUGAAUAUGACUGAUGAUGACGAAGAAUUCAAUGAUGCAGCAUUCUUUUUAAUAGAAGUACAUGAUGAUUUGGGUGAACCCAAAGAACAACUUGGAAUUGAAAUGGAAAGGGAUGACAAUGAUACGGUAACGGAUUUCAGAUCAAGGUUUGGUGAGAAACUACUGCUUGCUCAAGGUGUAAAUAUUACUGCUCUUGAUAAGGAAGAUUUACGGUGUGGUGGUCUUGUAAUGCUGCAUAAUAUGACAAAACUUUCACAGCAACGAUUGGAAUCAUUAUCAGCAGACUGUAUGGUCCAAAAAUGUGAUUUUAGAAAAGGAGGUCCUGACAUUUGCCCGCCAGAUUAUAAGGAGAGUGAUGAUAAAACUUUUUACAUUUAUUUCUUUUUACGCUUCAUGGGAACAAUAAUGUUGUCUGCCGGUGUAACUAUAAUGGAUCCAAUCGCAUUAACAAUGAUACAAAAGUAUGGCGGAGAUUUCGGUAGAGAGAGGCUAUUUUCUAGCAUCGGGAUGGCAAUUUUUUCUCCCAUCACAGGCAUGCUCAUAGAUAUGAGGAGUAAACAAGUCGGUUACACCGAUUACUCGGCGGCUUUCUAUACAUAUGACGCCUUACUUCUGAUAUCAGCAAUCACAGUAGCAGUGAUGCCCCUUGGAGCUAAGCUACCAGCUGAUAAUUUGUUACACGAUUUAGUUAAUAUCAUCAAAAUGCCUCACAUCAUUAUAUUUAUAUUCUUCCUAUUUGCUUUAGGAAAUUUUUGGGGAUUCAUUGAGUCGUACCUAUUUCUGUACUUGAAGGAAUUAGGGGCUCCAAAUUUCCUACUAGGAAUAACCGUGACCGUGGGUACACUGAGCAGCAUCCCGUUCCUCUACGGAGCAGAUGCAAUCACCUCACGCAUUGGGCACGUCAACGUCAUCAUCGUUGCCUUCUUUUCUCAUGCUGCGAGGCUCGUUGGUUAUUCUUUUAUUGAAAACUCAUGGUGGUGCUUUCCAUUCGAAGCUAUGGAGUCGUUGUCUGUACAUUUAAUGUGGGUUGCAGCAGCGACCUACUGUGCCAUGCUAGCUCCUAAGAAUUUACUGGCAACGCUUAUUGGUGUCCUUGGAAUGGCUCAUUUCAGUUUAGGUAGAGGAAGUGGUAGUUUUGGAGGAGGUCUCCUUAUUGCUUCAUUGGGUACAAGAGAAGCAUUCCGCUACAUGGGGCUCAUCGCUUUCCUUGGUGGUGUGCUCUAUGGUCUUCUACAUUAUUUCUGGCUUCGAAAAACCACCAUGACCGGAAUUCGUGAUGUGUGCGAUCCUGAUACUGAAAGUGGGGAAGGCGAUAAGCUGAAUGGCGAGCCGCUACGCAAGGACGCGGAGACGAUGGUGUCUCUGGAGCGGCUGCACAUCAUCAUGCGGUUCAACCCGCUCGGCUCACUGCACUCGCUAUCCAGGAGCUCCAGGGCGAGACUAUCCCAAGGAGACAUAAACGAGCUAUGUCGAAGCCGUAGCGGCAGUAACAGCCAGCGUCGCUGUAGCAACAUCGAGAUAUCUCCCAAAACUCCACAAGGCUCGGCCUCCAAGGUGGACCUGCUGCGGUCCGCGUUGGAGAUCAGUCACCAGCAAGGCAAGGGACACAUAUCCAACCCGGUGCUAUCCAGUCAAAGUCGACCCACACAUCAGUACAAGCUAGCGAACAGCGCUCCGAAGCUAACCCAAAGGAAUAACAUAUCCCAACCAGUGCUAUCUGAGUACGACAGACGUCGAGACUCAAUACCCGAAGAGGCAGAGGAAGACCGACUGGCGCCAGCACAGAAACCAGCCAAGACCAAGAGCGACCACUUACCACCGCCACCAACCUACGACGAAGCGACUAGAGAGAAGCGGAAAAGUUGGCAUUCCGACGAUAGCACCCCCACUUAACGACCAAAGAAAACCGACGACAAAUAUCGUGAAUUUAAGACGAGACUUUUAGGUCCGUGGGCUCAAGAACAAAAUAUUUAUUCAUGACCUUAACUUUGCGCAAUAUUCAUGUGAGUCGGCCAAAAUUAUGAACGUAACAAUCAAGCGAGCUUCCAGACUUCGAUGCGUUGAAUAACAAAAACAAUAACAAUUAUUGAUUUUACAUUAACACAACACUUGAUGUUAAUAUACAUUAAUCCGUAUUAAUAAAUAAAUAUAACCUUUAUAGUCAAUUUACAAUGCGUUUUGUUAUAGGGCGCACCGAAGUCUGCAAUAAAAACGCUCUGUUCCUUGAAUAUUAUCCUAUCCUACUAAUAUUUUAAACGCGAAAGUUUGUAUGGAUGUUUGGAUAUUUGUUACUCUUUAACGCCGCUACUACUGAAGCGAUUUGGCUGAAAUUUAGAAUGGAAAUACAUUUUACUCUAAAUUAACACAUAGGCUUACUUUUUAUCCCGAAAAAAUCCAUGGUUUUUCCGAGAUUUGCGAAAACUGAUGAUUUUGCAGAUAUGAAUGUUUGUUACUCUUUCACGCCCUGACUACUGAACCGAAUUAGCUGAAAUUUUGUAUUGAGAUGUAUUAUAGUCUGGAUUAACACAGCUACUUUUUUAUCCCGGAAAUCCAUGGUUCCCGAGGGAUUUGUGAAAAACUAAAUUCCACGUAGACGAAGUCGCGGACAUCCGCUAGUAUUAGAAUAAAGAAAGUUUGAGCGGUUAUGAAUAAAUAUUUUGUUCUUCGGCAAUAUUCAAACAAAUGACACUUCCGGACCUGUGUUGUCGGAAAGCUGUAGGUAAAGGAGCUGCCAUUCACCAUCCUAUUAGUCCACGUGCCUGCAGCGCUAACCGCACGACAUCCGAUAAAUCUGAUCGUGUGUUGGUGCAUGACAUCAUGCAGAUGAGCGCUGCAGGCACGUGGACGUUUUGGAUGGUCAGUGGCUAGCAUUACCAUUAGGUGCGCCAUUUACUCGUUACUUCAACUAUUACUACCUACAUACAAAAUCGUAUAGUCAAGAAAAUAUAUAGCCAAUGACAACUGUGAUCCAGUGCAAGUGUGCAAUAUGUAUGUUUAGGGGAAUAAUAUAUUUUAAAUUAAAAAAAAAAUAUAUGAUUGAUGAUGCAUGUAAAGUUCUCGUAAUACUUAUUGCUGAUUAUGGGAUUAUGCUCGUAUUCGUAUACCUAUUACCUACCUAAUACUACAAUAGGUAAAUAACACUUUUUUAUUACUUACUAAAAACUUACUUCCAUAAUGUAAAAAAUAUCUAUUGUAAUUAUCAUAAUACAUAAUGUAACAGUAAUUCACAAUUGGAUUGGUAUUUUAAAGACGGGCUACAUCUCAUUUGUCUAAACUUAAAAAAACAGUAAAUAGGUAGUACAUAUUCUCUAAAAUAACAUACAUUCACUAAAACAUUGUAUAUUUUGACAAUACGUAAAUUAUUUUUUACUGGCACCUCAACAUAUUUACACACUGUUCUUGUGUAGAGUCUUUUUAAGGCGAAAAUUGUGACGUCACAAUGAAAAGUGACUUAAAAUGAAAUCUUGCGUUCGUUCAUAGACUAAACACACGAGCAUAAUUUUUGAAUCUGUUGAGGUGCAAGAAAAAAUAGCUUUAGAUAUAUUGUAUUAGGAAAUAAUAUACAAUAGGUAGUAAAUAUGUAAUAGGUAUUUUGAUCUAGAUCUAAGUAACAAACUUAAAAAGUUUAAUUUAAUUUUGCUUUUUAAAAAUGUGCGCGAAUUGCGACUCUAUAAUUGUAGUAUUAUUUAUUUCUAAACCAUAAUUUCCUCUAUAUUUUUUUUCGAUAAUAACUAUGGCAAUCCUUAAUGUCAGCCAUUGAUGAUCAAGUAAGCUCACAUGUCAGCAGCGCUAACGCUGCAGGCAUUUGAGCUUACUUGAUCGUCAGUAACUGACUUUAUUUUUAGGAAUGUAGGUACAUCUAAACUAAUAUUAUAAAGAGGUAAGAUUUGUUUGUUUGAUACGAUUUUACUCAUAAUUAUUCAGCCAAUUUAAAAAUCAUUUCGCCUUUAGAAUUUAAUAUAUUCAUGGAGUAAUAAAAUAUUAUAUUUUAUCCCCAUAUCCUCACGGGGACGGGAACUAAACGUACCUAAAACGUACCUAUAAGAAAUUAAGAAGCAGAACACUUUGUGCGCGUUCUAGGAAAGUCAAUGACAUCGGCUCAGAUUAUUUACUUAUUACGCGUUGUCUUGCACAACGGUAAAAAAUUUACAAUUAUAAAAAGCCCCCGAAUUUCAUAAAAUUAUUAAUUACACUCUCCACCAAGUCAUCAUAUUCUCUUUCAGUGCGCUUCAUUUGAGACCCCAUUCCAGUAUAUUUGCAGACAUUCGAUUAUUCUUCCUCACUUUCACCCACACAACUUUUAAACGGCUCAAGCGAUUUUCAUCAAAUAUGUCUAAGAACACUUGCACAUAAAUCACCUUUAAUACAAAAAAAACUAAAUUGAAAUCGCUUCAUCUGUUAUGGAGCUAUGGUACCACACACAAUGGACAGACAGAUACGUCAAACUUAUAACACCCCUCCUUUUGGGACGGGGGUUAAAAAGGGAUACCUGAUUCACUCACUCUUAAAGGCAACGGGAGGUCAAACUAGAGUUAAUUUUGAUAUCGUUCAUUAAAACAGAUAAACUACGAUUAAAUUACUAAUAUUUUAAUAAAUGCACUAACAAUAGUAAACUUAUAAAUACUGGAUGGCGUUAUUAAAGCAAUACAGGGUUCAUCAAUCUUCUUUGGGGCAAUUCUUCUGGUCUGUCCGCAUGAAGUAUGCACGGUUAAUGUUGUUUUUGUCGGCUGCUGUGUACGCUUUCUCUAGAACUUCCAAAGGCGGGUUUCUCUCUCUCGUAAGUAUCCAUGCAUUUCCUGUAAACAGAAUAUUGAUUUUCAAAUUAAUUUUUUGUGGCUUUUUUUAGUGUUUUUGAAAGUCAAUAUUUCUCCAUUUGCUUAUAUUACCGGCAUUCGGCGCAGGUUUUAUAGUGAGCCAAAGUUUUAUAUGGACCCAAAUAUUUUAUAUAGGUAGAUACGUAAUUUAGUGUAAAUAUUUCUAACGGUUCUACAUUUAACUACUUAUUGCAAACUUCACUCAUUUGUACGCUUCAGUCUAUUCUGAUGGUACGUAGGUAGGUGAAUCAUUUGGAUUCAAUAACAAUGUACCUAUUAAAAUCUAUUUUUGGUUUUAUACAUUGAUAUGUAGGCCCCUUGCAUUGACUUCCAAGCACAACGGUCUAACGGCAAGAUGCCUAAGUCCAGCAGUGGAUGUCCAUCAGCUGAUAAUGAUCACAUUGAUAUUUUAAGGAGGAAGCCUGAAAGUGACAGUGACUAAAAGUUUCGGAGGAAAAGGUUAGCUCAGGUUGGACAUGUAAUGUGAAGGGGUUAAGAACAACAUAAUUCAUAAUACAUGCUCGUAAGUUCUUAACAAACAACUAGAAUUCAUUUUGGUUCAUUAGAUACUUUUAAAAACUAGGCAGUCGGCGUGUGAAAGCUACUUGAGUAUAAAAUGCCAUUUUACAACGUUGUACAUAAUCGCCAGGGCUACUAUGCCGGUUUCUCCUCAUCAUAUACUAGUAGAAGAGAAAUUUUCCAACUUUUCAACGUAGAUUAUUGAGUAAAUACAUUAAGAUACACAUUGUGAUAUUAAUUUUUUGUAACCUUUGGAAGAUUACAGUAGGGUUGGGUACAUACUCGUAGUUUUCAUUUCUAUUCAUCAUGAUAGAUAAAUGACUAAAUGAUCAAUGGCAUUGUAGAGACAACAAUAAAUUAAAAACAAAGAUAGAUAUGAGUAGAUUAUUAUUAUAAGAAAGGAGUGUAUAUUGGAAACGAUUUAAAUCCUGUUUUGUGGAGUGCUUUCAUAAUAAAAACACUGGCAAUCAAUACAGCAUUGCCUUAACUACCUAAACAUAAACAAUUUGAAAAUACAAACAAUGAAGCCCACCAAGCUACAUUGGUGCAGGGUGAUGGUUCCUAAUCCCUUCUCUUAUGACGGAGCCUUGGCCCUAGUGGGUCAUUAAAAUAGACUGACAAUUAUGACGUGAGAGAAAGAGGAUAAAAAUACUCGUACAUACGUAGGCUGUUAAUGAUGAUUAUGGUGAAGUGAUAAGAAAUACAAACUUGUGUGGAAGAUGCCGAAGUCAUAGCAGCUCCAGACCAGGCUGAAGCUGUCAUAGUCAGUGUCGACGACCCAGUACGGCGCCGCCACGUUGACUGGCAGCGACGGAAACCUCACCGACAGCUUGCCCUCGUCCGACCGGCUCACUUGCAUGGCCUCUCCUUCUAUCUCUGACUUCAUUCCCG